GAUCAGAUCCAAAGACAGCGGAAUCUCCCGAGAUCAAACGAGACUUGGAUGUUUAUGACAACAUUCUUGCGGUAGAAACAAAAUGUCGUACAGAGACUUGAGAAAUUUUACGGAGAUGAUGAGGGCAUUGGGUUACCCUCGCCUGAUAUCCAUGGAGAACUUCCGCACACCCAACUUUCCACUGGUAGCAGAAGUCCUGAUUUGGCUGGUCAAACGGUAUGACCCUAAUGCUGACAUACCGACAGACACAGACACUGAACAAGACAGGGUUAUAUUCAUCAAAUCCGUGGCUCAGUUUAUGGCCACCAAAGCCCAUAUCAAGCUAAACACCAAGAAGCUCUACCAGGCGGACGGUUACGCCGUCAAGGAGCUCCUGAAGGUGACGUCAGUCCUUUAUGGAGCUAUGAGGACCAAUGUAGGAGACGGGGAGGAAGACGGAGAGAACGAUGGUGCAUCGUCCUUAUCCUUUGACAUAUCCUCAAAGAUUUCGGACCUGAAAGCAUGCCGACUACUUGCAUCACAGAUUACAACCAAGGGAGCAAGUCUGUAUGAUUUACUUGGGAAGGAGGUUGAGCUGAGGGAAUUAAGGACGACGGCUAUUAACAAACCUCUUGAGAUCAAUGAGAUUGAGAAGGGUUUACACGGAAGCAUCAAGGGAGUGGAGCAUCACAUUAAAAAGACGCAGCAGAUGCUGGAGAAUGUGGCGUCCGACGAGGCCAACCUGGAAGCCAAGAUCGAUAAGAAGAAGGCGGAGCUUGAGAGGAACCACAAGCGAUUGCAGACUCUGCAAUCUGUCAGGCCGGCCUUCAUGGACGAAUACGAGAAGCUAGAGGUAGACCUAGAGAAACAAUAUGAGACCUACUUGGAGAGGUUCCGCAAUCUGACCUACCUAGAACACCAGCUAGAGGAAUUUACCAGAGCAGAGCAGGACAGAUUUGAGGAGACAGAGAGCACCUUGAAGCGGAUGCAGAACAGACUGAAAGAGGAGGAUGCCCGUAUCGGGAUAUCGGACGACUUCCUGGGAGGGGAUGAGAUACCAGGGCUCGAUGUUGUCAACGACGACGACGAUGAUGAUGAAGAUGAUGAUGACGAUGGCAGCGAGAGCGAGGAGGUACAGCGACAAGCCCCACCCCCUAGGAGGGAACGUCCCAAACCAGGAGGAAUGCGAAGCAAUAACCCCAAAGUCUUUGGAAAUAUGGGAGCUGAUAUCAGUGAUGAUGAUGGGAGUGGUUCCUCCAUCAAUGAUGACAGCAUCAGCGUGGAUGAUGACGAUCUCCUUGACGACGACGAAGGCGACAGUGAUGACCUCGAAGUGGAAGGUCCGUCAACGCGGAAGGGCCGGCGGAGAGAUGAGGCUGAUGACAGCGAUAAUGACUUCUAAAUCAAUUUUGCGGUGGAGAGAAAGUGAACUUCGAAAGGAUUCUUCUGACGGAUAUUUUCUUCAUUAAAAGAGAAGAGCGAUAUUCAUAGCAGGUGUUCAAAAAGAGACCAAAAAAGAGAAACUUCAGUUUUCAGUUUUUUCGAUCACGCUCCUCCCCGGGUGUACCUCCUUUGGAUGUUUUUGAAAUGUACACUGCCCUUGUACAGGAUGCAGCUUAUUCAGCUUUUGCCCCCCCCCAAAAAAAAACUCUGUGUGCACCCCUGGGUCACACCACUCCACCGACCAGGAUUGCUUUUCUCAGCCUAAAAUUGUAAUAUUCUAAGUGGUGACAUUCCAGAGUGUUAUCAUUUGUGUUUAAUGUGUACAGUUGAAUUCUUACAGAUGUAUAUAUAUUGUGUGUGAUAUAAUUCAUUGUCUUAUAUUUUGUUACCUACGUCCUGUUCCUGUCUUCACAUGCCAAAUACAUCUACAUGUUUGGAGUAACUGCUUAUACAUAUUCAUGAAGUGGUAUCUCCCAAAUGGCGAGCCACAUGCGUUACAUAAAUCUAAAUGAGCUUCCUAUGCAUGGCCAACCUGGUCAUGAAUAUGGAAUUCCAUUUUUUCAUUCAGAAAAUGCCCGUUUAACGCUGCAGGCCAAACACGCUGUUCAGUCACCACAGUUGUGAUGCUACGUUGGAUUUGUAGGGAGAUGGCUCAAAAUGGUUCAGCUUUGGAGAGUUGUAAUUUCUCCUGAUGUUGAUCACAAGUUAGGUAACAACAAACACUGGAUGAACAGUGACACAGGAACGCCUUGGACCAACUUUAUUUGAAGAGCUGUGGACUUGGUUUGAGACUAGGUGAUUUGUGUAGGAUUUGUGACUGACUUGAGGUGAUUUGAUUAUAUCCCUGGAAAUUGGAUGUUUCGUGAGUUGCAUAACUCUCACUUCAAUCCAAAAAUUGCUCCACUACGGAAAUGUGAAAAGAGGGGGAUUGCUAGAUACCACUUGACACCAGGGGGCGCUGUUCAUAAUACAGAUGUAUAUCUCAUGUGCACUUACACACCUCGCCUUUUAUCUAAACAAUGUAUUGAAAAAUGUUUGUAAUUUUUCUCCCUGUGUCAAUACUGUUGGAUGCAUUUUGGUGGUUUGGAAGUUCAAAAAACACCUCACAGUUUGCCCUUUCCCCCUUUUUCCACUAAAAAGUGGUAGGAUAUCCAGUAACCCAUCCCCCUUGGUCAAAAAGUGAGGGGAUAAACACGUAGUCAUGUACCUCCCAGCCCUUCCCACGUACUAUAAAUUAUUGUAAAGGCCCUCUGUCAGUAGUUCCGGUGCACUGUGAAAUUUAGUCCGUGUGGAAAAAGGGACUCGUUGACUGUAUUGGCCACCAUGUGAAGCUGAGAAUCCGUAUCAUGACAGGUAGGCCAGAUUUCACUAGGUUCCAAAUUUCAUAACACCAGAAUAUAUGAGCGCACUUAAUUUAACCCCUGAAGCUGACACAAGCGCUAUCUAGCAGUGAGUGAUUUCUGUAUGGUCUUUGAUAGCUUAAUCCCACCCUCUGGAGUUGUAUGUUUCUUUUCGCCUCUGUUAAAAAUUGUCGACAAACCCUCACAUAUCUUUGCUGCAAAGGAAUUCCAACAGACUGAACUUUAAUAACUUGUUCAGUGAUUCUAGAGCAGUUUGAAAGAAAUUUACAUGUAUUUAUAGAUACUUUUAGCUAUACAAUAAAUGCAUUGGUUAGUUUAACCAGCAAAAAACAA